CGGGGCUCGGAGGGUCUUUAAAGUGCGAAAAGAUUCGUUAAGUACCGCUCAAUUGACCGCUUUAUUCCGGGUGUCGUUCAAGUCUUAACGCUACGAGAGUGUCAGUGGUUCCAAUUCAACGAUGUCAAAGUGCUUCGAGUAACCUUUCAAAUGAAUUUUUAAUCCAGUUGAUGCGGUGGGUUCGCCAAUUAUGGAUGUUGGAAACGUGAGUCACCAGCUUCAGCUACGGACCGAUAGCGGGAAUAUAUAAAAUGUCAAAUGCUGCUUAAAAAAGUGUCAUGGUGAUAUAUCAAUAGCGAAGUGAUAAGUGGUUGCAAAAAACAAAAUAUCAACUGUGCGUGAAAACUAUUAAAUUCGAUUAUCGAACCAGCGAUAAUAAUCAAGAAAUGGAAGAUGAAUCGACUGGGAGAGAAGCUAAUAAAAUAUGUGGAGUUUGCGGGGAUAAAGCACUUGGAUAUAAUUUCAACGCCGUUUCAUGCGAAAGCUGCAAGGCAUUCUUUCGCAGAAAUGCGUUGAAAAAUAAGGACUUCCGGUGUCCGUUUACGGAGAAUUGUGAGAUCACUGUUGUGACCCGUCGUUUUUGCCAAAAAUGUCGUUUGGAUAAAUGUUUUAGUAUCGGCAUGCGUAAGGAAUAUAUAAUGACCGAAGAAGAUAAAGUAUUGAAACGUCAAAAGAUUGAACGAAACCGUGCUAAGAAACGACCUCAACAAGAACCACCAAAAAUCACAAAACUCAAAAGAGAAAAUGUAGAUGUAAACAACUUUGAUCAUGAAACUGCAUCCCUCCAGUCGAUCAAUUCAGAAUCUUACAUAUGGGAAUCAGAUAGAAAAUACACCGAUUUGGAUGGCAACAGACAACAAAUUACGGAUAGUUUGAGUCCAGUUACUACGGCGAGUAUUCCGUCUCCUUCCAGUCCAUUAGAGGGAGCUAAUAUCGCAGGUUCAAAGACUCUACAAAUGCUGACUGCUCCAAAUUGCAUAGAAAAAUGCGCAGAAAACACUCCAAGGUUCGAUCAAUGUCAAGUAGGAUUUGAUAGGGUUCUCGAUGGAGGUGGCAAGUACCUGAUUCAUAAUCCAUCACCUGUGCAAGAAUCCUACGAACAACUUUCCGACGGAGUGAUGAAGGUGGAAGGAUCUUCGUCGACUAUUAACUUUGACCUUGGAAUUUCAAAGUUUGCAAAUAAUUCCGAAAAAGGAUCGAUGACCUCACCUAUUUCAUCAAAGUUUGAAGGACAGUCACAGUCCACCUCCAGGGAGAGAUUUGACCUUGACGACCCAGUUGCAACGUCCAACUUGGUAUCAUUUAUUAAUAAACCAACAUCGACGUCAACUUAUCCUGCAGAAAGUUCAAUUGUUUCAGAGAGUAUUCCAGCUCCUAGUGAAACUGAAAUAAUCAAAGACGGACAUAGCGUAUGUCACAAACCAAAGAGAUCGUGUAGUGCUAAAGAAUCUGUUAGUUUGGUUUCAAAGGUGAUGCAGGACCCUCUACUGAUAACAAAGAUCUUCAGCAACCCAGAUUUUACUUCGAGGAUAUUUCAGGACCAAGGAUUCAUUUCUAAGAUAAUGGCAGAUACAGACACAGUCUCGAGGUUAGUGUCGGAUCCCCAAAUAUCAAAGUUCUUGGAGGAAAACGAUCACGUCAGUUCGACAGAUGAGGUUAGCAUGAGACCAACUGGAUCUCAGACGUUGAAUGAGUUUGAUCAGACUUUGGCAAAUAAUGGAAUAUCAGAUAACAUGAUUAGGCAUAUGUUGGACGCCGAACAGAAACAACCAAUUGCAACUCCAAUUCUCAAUAAUCUAAUCACAAGCAAAAGUAAAACAGAAUAUCUAAAUCAGAAUGCAGAAACAUCAAAUAGUACAGAUUGUGUCAAAGAAACGGAAGACGUCACCAAAGACGUCCUUCAGGAAGUCCAACGGAUUCCAAUCGUUGUGAAUUCCAUAGAAUCAAUACUCUACGAAGCCAUAAAGCUCGAAUUUUCUGCUUGUUCGGCACUCGGUGGAAAUCAGAACAGCAGAGAACUUAACGAUGCUGAACGAGCCAAACUCAACGAAUUAAUCGUAGCGAAUAAAGCUUUACUUGCUCCAUUGGACGAUGACAUUACUAAUUUGGUCGGUGAGGACUGCAGGUUCAAGGCAAACGCUAGCCACUCAGAUCCUGCUCUUCUGGAUGUAAUAAACCUGACAGCAAUAGCUAUUCGUCGGUUGAUAAAGAUGUCAAAAAAGAUAAACGCGUUCAAAAAUAUGUGUCAAGAGGAUCAGCUCGCUUUGUUGAAGGGUGGUUGUACGGAGAUGAUGAUUCUACGAUCGGCGUUAAACUAUGACCCGGAUAAAGAUAUAUGGAAGAUUCCUCACAGUCAGGAGAGAAUGUCUAAAAUUAGAGUGGACGUGCUGAAAGAAGCGAAAGGAAAUCUCUACACAGAACACACGAGGUUUGUCAGAAACUUUGAUCCACGAUGGAGAGAUGAAAACAUAAUCCUAAUUCUCAGCGCCAUUGCAUUAUUCACUCCUGACAGGCCGCGUGUGAUUCAUAGGGACGUUAUCAAAUUGGAACAGAAUUCUUACUAUUACCUCCUGAGGCGAUACUUGGAGAGCGUAUAUCCUGGGUGCGAAGCCAAAUCUACAUUUUUGAAAUUGAUCCAAAAGAUCUCGGAAUUACACAGACUGAACGACGAGGUCGUCGGUGUGUACCUCAACGUCAAUCCUUCCAGUGUUGAACCGCUUCUCAUCGAAAUAUUCGAUCUAAAACAUUGAUAGUCUUUAUAUUCUUCACCCAAAUGUCUAUUUGUUGAACAAAUCCGCAACACUUUUGGGAUGGUAAUUCCAAACGAAUCUAUGUAUAUUUAUUCUUUCUUCAAGUUUACAUACAGGGACAAUAUGUGGAAACUGGCCUCUCUGUACGCCCGACUAACGUUAACUGAACAUACAAAAAAUGAAAAUCGCAAGGAGAACCGAGCCACAAAACGUUGCCAAAGAGAUUAAUUAACAUAUUAUGUACAGUUAUAGAUAUAUUCGAUCGCCAUAAUUAUUAUGUUUCUUACUCUUGAUAUGUUGAAUACUCUUAUUCGUUCUAUUAAUUUUUCUUUUUGUUUCGAUCGAAAUUCAAGUAAAUAAGUCAACUAUUGCUACAACAGAGAGAUUUUUUGAGAAAAUGUCUCGUAUGUAAAUAUACAUAACUUCUAUAGCGUACGGUGCAUAGCCCUGCAGUUGCGCUCAUCAUAUAAUUAAAUAAUUAUUGUACAUAUAAAAAUAGGUAUAGUUAUAGUAUACAUGUAUGUAUUGUUUCGUUUUUGACGGUGCUAAGUAUAUGUUUUUCCUCUAAUCUACCUUUAGGAAUCAAAACGCGUUGGGGCUUUAAAAAACGACGAUGGUGGUAAUAAUAACAACAACACGAACAAUAAUUACAGUAAUAUUUUAUAUCAAACAGUCGACUUGACGUACGUAAUGUAUACAUACAAUGUAUGUGGUGAAAACGUGAAUAUCGUGAAAGUGACGGGAAUUGUGAAAACGAUGGAGAUUGUGAAAUUAAUACUAGUGAAAAUGAUGAAAAUGGUGGAAACGAUGAAAAUUGUUAUGUAUAACAAAUAGUAAUAACGCAAACCGUAAAACAAAAAAAAAGUCGUGAGUUGUGAUAAAUAAUAACGGGCAUUACUAUAUUUUUUUAGUUACUGAAUAUUACACUGAAUAUAUGCGUGUGAUGAAUUAUUUUGAUUCUCAUACACCUUUCCUCGUUACAUUUGACUGUUUGAUUUGAUGAUUUAAGUAAUUUGUUUGUUUCAACCACAGUUCUCGCUAUCAUGUAGGUAACUAUCGAUACUUCUUGUAAUAAAAUUUACGAAUAUAA